AUGAAGCUCUUAUCAGCUACCGCUGCCUUGUUCGGCCUUCUCGCCCCCGUUUCCGCUGCUGGCUCUCUCCAAGCUCGUGCUCCCGCGUUCUUCGACAUAUCCCAGACCCCGAUCAAGUCUGCUGGUGAUAUUCCCGUGAAAGGAAACAACCCGUUGACUUACUGCGCCGACCCGUCGAGCUACAGCUUGGAUAUCAAAUCGGUCGACUUGACGCCGAACCCCCCUCUUCCUGGUCAAACUCUUGUCAUUGAGGCUGCGGGUACCUUGCACGAAAAGAUCGAGAAGGGUGCUACUGUGCUCUUGGAGGUCAAGUAUGGCCUGAUCACUCUUAUCAGACAAACCGCCGACCUUUGCGAGCAAAUUGAAAACGUCGACCUCCACUGCCCGUUGGAGAAGGGUGACAUGACUCUGAAGACGCAGGUCGAUUUGCCCAAGCAGAUCCCGCCGGGUAAAUACUCCGUUCACGCCGAUGUCUACAAUGACGACGGGAAACAGGUCACCUGCCUUGAAGCUCAAAACAUUGAAUUCAAGUUUAGACGCUAA